CCUAAAGCAAUACAUUGAGAAUUCGCAUUCUCUAUGUGAUGAGAAUAUCAACUCUUUUACAGUUUAUUUAGAAGAAGAUUGAGCAUUCUAUGCAAUCAAUCAAUUCAUGAGUAGCCUACGAAAUAUAAACUGAAAUAAUAUUAAUUUUUGUUUCAGACAACACGAUGAGCGCGGAAACCAUUCAAACAACAUAUGUUUGCCCGGCCAAUUUCAUAGCAGUGGACAAAAAAUGUUACCACUUCAGUACCAAAGAGGUUCCAUGGACUGAAUCUCAUUUCCACUGCCAAUUAUCGAAUGGCAGUCUAACAGUUAUCAACUCCUAUAGGGAAAAUAAUCAACUGAGGGGUUAUUUAUCUACAGGAAAUGGCUCUUCUUUAGCGUUGAAUGAAUACUGGUUGGAUGGUAUUUAUGAUUGGGAGCAAAAAAUGUGGAAAUGGGGUUCUACUGGCCAAAACAUACAAUUCAACAAGUUUUCCCGUAAUAACAUAGGAGACAAAUACAAAUGGAAAUGUGUAUCCCUACAUGGUGCUAGAAAUAAGUGGAUGGCACGCAAAUGUACCAAGAGAAAACGAUUCAUCUGUCAAACGGAUAGCAACAUUUUCGUUCAGUUUCAACAUGUUGAUGAGAAAUACAAGGAAUUCGAUAUCUCGAAAUGUUCUGACAAGAAUUUGAAGAAAUUCGAACAGAAAAAGUGUCUAGAACUAUUGGAUAAUCUAGAAAACAAUGAACCUGCAGCUUAUGUAAAAGUGUUAUCUGGAAACCGAAAUUCUACCAAGUAUAGAUACGUUGCCAAGGUUGAAGGGCAGAUAGACGAGAAUGACUACAAUGUCUUGGGGUUGAAAUCAUUAGACACCACAAAGAUGGCUUUCAAAAUUGUUCCUAACGACUCGUUUACGGUGAGCUUGGAAGACAUCAUAGCCAUUCUAGAAGCUCCGGCAAAAAGACAUGAGAGGUGGAUUGGAGGAAUUUUCGACUGGAAAACCAAGAUGUGGAGAUGGGCAAUGACAGGAAAACCCAUCACCUAUAACGGAUUUCAUAGUGAAGCCAUUAAUCGAGAAAAAUCUGGAGAGUUAUCAUGGAAUAGUAUUUUCAUGGAUCCAAAAUGGGAUAAUCAUUGGAAUGCAGAUAAACAGACAGAGAAGAAAUGGUUCAUCUGCCAAAUGAAAGCUCAAGCCGUGAAAAAUCUUGGUAGUCCACGAAUAUCGCAACCCAGAGCCGUUAUACAUAAUCUCGUACCAUGAAUGUACUCAAACAAUUAAAAAAUUUUCGAUAUCAAUAAGUUGAGAACAAUAAUGU